AUGACGGCACACGAGCUGCACAUGGUGGGCAGCACGCCAACUCUCCCGUUGGACGAUGGUCAUUCCCCAUUCGCUACUCCGUCCUACACCCCUUUAUCGAUGCCUGAAAGAGGUGAACCUUCUCGGAAUCUAAGACGACGUGGUUCGCGGAUUUUGUCCGUACUACGCUCGUUGACGAAUGGCAACUCAAAUAACUCCGUUAAGGAACCAGCAACAUGGCCGUCACCCUCUCCCACCUUUAACGGAGAACCAUCUCAAACACGCCGACGGUUCAGGAAGAAGAUGUCUAUGCCGUUCCUUCGAAGUCCUUUUGGCGCCUCUGUUACCGUCAUUCAUCGAAUUCGAUCUAAAUCUAGACCGUCCUUCGAGUCCGGGGAGAGAACUGCUAAUGAUUCCCUCCACCCCCCUGAGACUAUUAUCUCUUCAAAUUCUGGCGGCAACUCGUAUAGCAAUAGCAAUACAACUUCGAGCGGGAAAUCGUCUGGUCAAACUACCGGGGGAACUGUAACUACCGGCAAGACUUCGUUUGAGUCUAAGCGAGAGAAUAACUCGGGAGACAAGAAAACUUUUUUGGUGAUUCGUGAUAAAGAACCAGAAACUAGCACCUCAAUCCCCGAGUCGAACCUGACAACAAUUCAAGAGACAGCUCUCGAUAUAACAUCGCCUACUAUUCUGACUGUCGAGAGAGCUGCGGCCGCAAAGAUCUUUCUUGAGACUUACUAUGACGAACAACUCUCCAAGCCUAGUCCACGCUCUCUUCGCCGACGUUACCUAGAAGGGGAAUUGUAUCAUGGCAAUGGGCUGACUGAAGCAGAGAAGGACGCUAGACGUCGGAAGUUUUACAAGCAAGAGACUGAUUACCUCCGUGAAAGUCGCGUUUUGAAGGCGAAAAGUAUUGGUGCAGUACAAGGGAAACACAACCAACUUGCCGGCGGUUAUGAAGUCUUGAAGAUUCUCGGCAAGGGGAGCUUCGGCGUUGUGAGGCUUGUACGCGAGAAGCCAAAAGCAGCUGAUUUCGGGCGCGAUGUGUCCCGAGAUAAGCGGGUGUAUGCUAUGAAAGUGAUACGCAAGUCGGCAAUGUUACGGACAAGUCAAGAAGCUCAUUUACGUGCCGAACGAGACUUCUUAGUUGCUUCAGAAGGCUCAAAAUGGAUCGUGUCCUUGGUCACUAGUUUUCAGGACUGUGCGAACUUAUACCUUAUGAUGGACUAUAUGCCCGGAGGAGACUUCCUCGGCCUCUUGAUCCGAGAAAACAUUCUCAACGAACCAGUCGCCAAAUUUUAUAUCGCUGAAAUGAUUCUGUGUAUCGAGGAAGCACACUCGUUGCGAUGUAUACACCGGGAUGUCAAACCGGACAAUUUUCUUAUUUCCGCGUCUGGCCAUUUGAAAAUCUCGGACUUUGGUCUAGCUUUUGAUGGCCAUUGGUCGCACGAUACCAGUUACUACCAUACCCAACGGUAUAGCCUACUACAGAGAUUCGGUAUACCAGUAGAUGGAGAUGCCAUUGAUCGAGCCGAUGGCCUACAAGGCUCUAUCAAGUGGGCUCAAGGCGUAGCUCAGGCGAUGCAGAAGCAUGAGCGCCACCCACCACACUUGGCCUCAUCUCCAGCAACGCCGGAUGAGCCACUCUUGAAUUAG